GCGCAUGCCCGCCCAGCUGAGGGCUUCUGAGGCGUCUCCGUCCGGAAACAAACUUUCUCCUAGAAGAUGUCACGAAUCCGUGCAUCCGCGGAGCGGCCCAGAAAAAGUUUGAUAGAUGAUGCUAAGGCCCGCUUAAAAAAGCAUGAUGUUGGAACCAAAUAUUCUCACUUGUCGUCUAACAAAUAUUCUGUCCUUUUACCAUUGUUGGCCAAAGAAGGAAAACUCCAACUGUUGUUCACCCUCCGGUCAGAGAAGCUACGAAGGUCACCUGGAGAAGUGUGCUUCCCUGGAGGCAAGUCUGAACCCACAGAUGUGGAUGACGUGGCCACGGCGCUCCGGGAAGCCCAGGAGGAAGUAGGGCUACAUCCUCAUCAAGUGGAGACCGUCUGCUGCCUGGUGCCGUACCUGCUUGACAGCGAUACACUGAUAACCCCAGUUGUAGGAUUUCUAGACCAGCACUUCCAGGCCCAGCCUAAUCCCGACGAAGUUAAGAGUGUGUUCCUGGUGCCUCUGGACUAUUUCCUGCAUCCACACCUCUACCACCAGAACUACCUGACACGCUGUGGUCAUCACAUUCUUAUUCAUUGCUUUGAGUACACAAACCCUGAAGAUGGUGUCACUUACCAAAUCAACGGGAUAACUGCAAAAUUUGCCCUGUUCCUUGCCUUGAUUAUUUUGGGGGAAAAACCCAUCUUUGAAAUGGAGUUUAAUCUCAAUGAUCUAAUUUCAUCCUCUGAAGAGAUCUUCCUGAAACUAAAGCAGCAUGCUCCAAGUAAGUUAUGACUUAGGAGACCACCAUCCGAAUACCUGAGAGGAGUUUGUGUGUGCUUAUCCCUAAGAACAACAAUAACGCGGGCUGCUGGAAACUGACAGGUGAACAAUUUCUCCUGCGACACGAAGGGGCAAAACCUUGCCUUUUUCCCACUUGCCCUGUAAUAUCUAAGAGAGCGAAAGGUUUUGCAAAAGUGGGAAAAUGUGUUCAUGGUGUUGCAUAAUUUCACAACACAGUAUGUUAAUAUUUCUUUUCUACACAUGUAUCUGGCACAUAGUAGGCACUUAAUAAAUAUGUGUUGAACAUA